AUGUCUAUCGAACAAUAUUUUAAAAAAAAAAUUUCUAACGAAGAUAUGGACGAAAUUAACGAUAAUGAAAGACUGAAGGUUUUCAAGAAGAAUGGUUCAAAAAAAUUUAAAACUUCUGCUUUAUCAGAACAUACUUCAACAAAAGAUCAUACUGAUGCAACAAACCUUGAGAUAUCAAGGGCGGAAUUUAUUAGAGUUUCAAAUAAUUCUAUAGAUAAGGCUCAAAAUCAUGUUGGUUCUUUAAUGAAAAUAAUUUUUUGGCUAGCAGAAAAUGAUAUUUCGUUAAACAAGUUAUCUGAAGUUGUAAAACUUUGUAGAAUUCUUGGAUGUCCUCAAUUAAUAUCAGCUUUUAGUACAAUUAAUUAUGAAAAUAAUGUUUCUGGACGCGAAAUGUUAUAUGCUAUUUCAAUUUCAAUAGAGGAAACUAUCUGGGAAGAAUUAAUUGAAGCUAUUGCAUUUGGUAUUAUAGUUGAUGAAAUCAAUAUUCAGCUCACAGUUAAUCAUGAGAAUAACGAUCAUAAACAUAAGCUGAAUGGAUUUAGUUCAGAAAGAAGCACUUUAGUUGUUGCUGGAGCUAUUUUGGGCCCCAUUGCAAUUUGUGGGGUAGUAAAAGCGUUAGGAUUCGGUGAAGUUGGUAUAGCGGCUGGUUCUAUUGCAGCAUGGAUGGUUCGCAAUUCGGUUGGAAUUGCUGUCGCUGCGGGUAGCCUUGUUGCGAUUUACAAUCUAUUGGCGCUAAAUGCGAUUGAAAAAUUAAAAUCAUUUCUUAAAGGGUUUGACUUGGCUCGGGAAGUUGCCAAAGACAGAGCAAAGAAAUUCGAAUUUUUAGUUAUUAGAGAUGAUCAUGAAGGGAUCGAAAUAUUGGAUCAACACUUGACCAAAAUCAACGGAAAUAAUUGUGUUUCUUCUGAACAGAGUAGUUACGUUCUGAAUUUGAAAAAUCCUUGA